AUGGCGCCCGCCACUUCAGAGCUUCUCUUCCCCCGCGAGAUUAUCCCUGUGUCCAUCCAGCAGCGUCUGGGCCCCGAUCUCGAGAUAAGGCCUCUAGCUUCGUCGGACCACUCGCGCGGUCACUUUGAGCUCCUCUCGGUCUUGUCCCAGGCUCCAGCCCUUACCAAGGAGCACUAUGAAGCCCAGUUCGCGUCCAUGAAGGCGUGCCUGAACACCUACUAUACGGUUGUGUUUGUGAACAAGGCGACUGACCAGCUCGUGGCUGUGGGAAGCAUUUUUGUCGAGCGCAAGUUCCUGCGCGGCGGUGGUAUUGUCGGUCACAUCGAGGACAUUGCUGUUUCCAAGUCUAUGCAGGGCCGCAAGCUCGGUCUCCACCUCAUCAACGCGCUCGAGGAGAUUGGCCGCAACACUGGUUGCUAUAAGAUCAUUUUGGAUUGCAGCAAGGAGAACAUCCCCUUUUACGAGAAGUGUGGCUUCACGCACAAGGAGUAUGAGAUGGUCAUGUACCUCAACCAGCCACUCAAGUCGCGCAUGUAG